UAUUCUUCUUCUCUAUACAUUGAUAUGGAUCUUCAACCUCUACCAUUGCUAAGUAGCUUCCUAGGUUCAACAUCACAACAACCUUUACAACAAAAUGAAAAUCACAAAUCAUGUUAUAAUCAAGCUGAGGAUGAUGACGUCACAGUGGCCUUACACAUAGGCCUUCCUGACAAUUCAAUUGAAUCACCAAUUGAAAAUGGUUUUGUGAAUGUCCCAAAUCAUGUUCCUAACAAUUAUUGGAUACCAACUCAAGAACAAAUUCUCAUUGGAUUCAGUCAUUUUUCUUGUCCAAUUUGCCACAAAACUUUCAAUCGUUACAACAACCUUCAGAUGCAUAUGUGGGGACACGGUUCGCAGUAUCGAAAAGGACCAGACUCGUUGAGAAGAACUCAUCCGCGACCGCUAUUAGACCUUCCAUGCUAUUGUUGUUCAAAGGGAUGUAAGAACAACAUUGAACAUCCAAGAGCUAAGCCAUUGAAGGAUUUCAGAACAUUACAAACACAUUACAAGAGAAAGCACGGGUCGAAGACAUUUACGUGUCGAAAAUGUGGGAAGCCUUUGGCAGUGAAAGGUGAUUGGAGAACUCAUGAGAAAAACUGUGGUAAGCGUUGGCUUUGUAUCUGUGGUUCUGAUUUCAAACACAAGAGAUCUCUUAAAGAUCAUAUCAAAGCAUUUGGAUUUGGUCAUAGCCCUUUUUCUUCUUCCUCUGAUGGCAUUUGA